CUUUAAUCCUGUGAGUGGUUCACACCCUCUGAAUGUGGAGCAGCUUCUGUUUGUGAUGUAACGUGGAGGAGUGUUUGCACUUUGGCCUCAGUCGUCACGCUGGCAGGUCUCAGUGUUUCCUGGUUCCUCCUCUCGGUGACAGAGUUGUGGGCGGGGCAUCCGGGGCACUCACUCUUCACUUCCUUUUACUGCUGAAGUGAAAGUGCCUGACUCAGACUCAGAGUCAUGGCGCACAGCGGACUGGACCAGGAAAUCUUCUUCUGUCCCAUCUGUCUGGACCUUCUGAAGGACCCGGUGACCGUCCCCUGUGGACACAGUUACUGUCUGAGCUGUGUCCAGCACCACUGGGACAAAGAGGAGCAGCACAAACAGAAGUACAGCUGUCCUGAAUGUCGCCUCACCUUCAGCCCCCGGCCCGUCCUGGGCAGGAGCACUUUACUCACGUCUCUAGUGGAGCAGGUGAAGAGUGGGUUCACAGCGCCCCCUGCUGACCACUGCUAUGCCCGACCUCCAGACGUGUCCUGUGACGUGUGUCCUGGGAGGAAGCUUAAAGCCGUUCAGUCCUGUCUGCACUGUCUGGUCUCCUACUGUGAGCGCCACCUACAGCCUCAUCGAGAUGUAGCAGUUCUACAGAAGCACCAGCUGGUGGCGCCGUCGCACUCGCUCAUGGAGAACCUGUGCUCCCAACACAACGAGGUGAAGAAGUUGUUCUGCCGCAGUGACCAGCAGAGCAUCUGUUUCCUCUGCUCCAUGGACCAACACAAAGGCCACGACACGGUGACGAGUGCCUCAGAAAGAGCUCAGAGACAGACCGAGCUCCCGGCCAGGAGAGCCCAGCUGCUCCAGAACCUCCAGCACAAACAGACUGACCUCCAGAGGCUCCAGCAGGAGGCCCAGGACAUCAGACGCUCCGCCCAGACCGCGGUGCAGCUCAGCGGGGACAGUUUCAGAGACAUGGUGCUCCUCCUGGAGGAGCGGCGCUGUGCAGUGGAGCAGCAGAUCCGCUCCCAGGAGCAGAUCCAACUGAGCCGAGUCCAAGAGCUCCAGGACCAACUGCAGCAGGACGUGACGGAGCUGAAGAGGAGCCUCUCUGAGCUGGACUCACUGGCCCUCACCCAGGAUCAUAACCGGUUUAUUCAGGUCCACUCCUCUCUGCCCACACACACACAGGGGACAGUCCAGGGCCGGGUCCACACAGGCUCCCAGAGCUUCUACGAGGACGUCACCAGAGCUCUGUCCGAGCUCCGAGAGAAGCUCCAGCAGACAGUGGACGAGGGUCUGAGCGACGUCUCCCAGGCCCUGAAGCAGAACUACAGUUUAGUGUCUCCUGCCAGCACCAGAGACGCUCUGCUCCAGCACGCGCAGAACCUCACCCUGGACCCGGACACGGCCCACUGCAGGCUCACCCUGUCCCACGACAACAGGAGGGUCACGGUGGAGCGGGAGAACCAGAGCUACCCCGAGCACCCGCACAGGUUCACGGGCCGGGGGCAGGUCCUGAGCAGGGAGAGCCUGACGGAGCGCUGCUACUGUGAGGUGGAGUGGAGCGGGAGGAGGCUGAGGGUCGGAGUGGCCUACGGCGACGCCGACAGGAAGGGAACGCACAGCGGACUCGGCUUCAACGACAAAUCCUGGGCCUUGGACUGCGACCGCGACGGGUACUCUUUCUGGUCCGACGGAGUCCAGACCAAGGUCCCGGGUCCGGUCUCGUCCAGGAUCGGGGUUUACGUGGACCACGGCGCGGGGGUUUUGGCGUUUUACAGCGUGACUCAAAAACGCAGCGUCCGCCUCCUCCACAGAGUCCAGACGAGCUUCACUCAGCCUCUGCUCGUCGGACUCGGACUCAACUGGUUCAACCCUGAAGACACGGCGUUUCUCCCACAGAUACAGUAAAAAAAACUCCAAAGAUUCACCAUCGAGGAAGAAGGAAAGUGAGAAUCCAAAUAAUUUACCAGAGUUUGGCUGCAGAUCUCCACCAGGACAGACCCACUUUUUAUUAUUUUACUCUUUAUAAGUGAUUACCAAAACAGUUUUUAUCAGUUUUUGCUUUAGUUCACCAUCAAAUGUUAAAAAAUAAAUAAAUAAAAUAAACUCUCCAGGGUGAGAAA